AUGUUUUCACGAGAUCUCAAUGUUCGUCUGUCGGUUGUCUAUGCAGAAAUUUGGCUAGAUGUGCAACGAAUUGACCUUUUCGAAGACAUUGAAAGGACAAUGAGUGGCGUGGUCGAUUAUUCUACUGGUCACAUCUACAGCAUAGCAAAGGACGCGACUAUCCUCUUUACCGGUGGAUCAUUUGCAAAUCAUGAAGCUAUCAACUCUGUGUUCCGUAGUACAUGUACA